AUGACUUUCACACCAGAGGUUUCGAUUGCAAUGAAGAAAUGGACGAGAAGUACGACGUGCACUUUGGAGACAGCCGUUGGUGAGUGUUUAGAGAUUGGGGUGGAGUACGCGUUACCACGCGAUCAGGGAGCCACCGUCUCAGCACGGGUACAUAAAGCUAACCAUCAUGAGGCCAUUAUCAAUAAUUUAUUGUUCCAAAAUGUAAUUAUUACCCAAAAGCAUGAGGAUAACGAUCACCUGCGUCGUUUUCUCCUCGAUACUCGUGGACUUCCGCCAGUAGUUGAAGCAUCAGCUCUGAGAGCCUAUGCAGCGAUCAUUGGAGGACCAAAGGUUACCGAUGCGGAAAUCGAUAACGAUCGUACGAUCAUCACGUUCGGAGACUUGACUCUUUCGGAAGAGCAGUCACAGUUCAUUCGAACUGUUAAGCGUCUUAAGUUCGAUUGUCUUGCUCUCGACUGUGCAUUUGGUACAGGAAAGACCACAACCGCAAUUCUCGGAGGAUUGCACUACGCCAAGGAACAUCCGAAUCGGAAGAUGAUCUUCACGGGAGUCACAAAUGCCUGUUCUUCCGCAGCAGUGGAGACGCUACAACGUUUGGAUCCAAACGAAGAAAUUCGAGCCGUACGAAUGAUUUCCUCGGACACUAUCAACGCGAUGGACGGUUCGGGAGGAACUGAUAUCGAUUAUCCUAAAUUGUGGAAGAAUUAUCUGAUAUCUCGAAUCAGAGAGCACAACACCAGGGAUGCAGAACCAAAUGAAUGGAUUGUCAUGGCUGCGAGACUGCUGAAAGCAGCGGUCAAACUUCCAUUUAAUACUAUUCCUAAAGAGAUUAACAUCUUCCGAGUGUUCAUGAAACUUUAUGAUCCUCAGCUGAUUAUUGGUACAGCAGCAGCGAUUCAACUCGCGUUUAAUCAACCAGAUCUUGCUGAAAUAAAAGAUCUCUUUGAUAUCACUUUCAUUGAUGAAGCUUCACAGUUAGCUUUGUAUGUGUUAGGAUCGUUAGCUACUUUGCUUCCGAAGACUCGCAUUAUUCUCGUAGGAGAUAUGCAUCAGCUACCACCAUACACCGAAGAUGCUCUGCCAGCUGAACUCAAACGUGCAGCGGUUGGAGAACCACUUACGCUUGCAGUUAAAGGAAGAAGAUGGUCGUCAAUGCAUUUGACACGUGUGCAUCGUUGCCCGAAGAUGAUCACGGACUUACUCGGAGCAGUGUUCUACGGAAACACCCUCACUUCAACUAGGAAAGCCGUCAAUCGAGUACCGAUUCUGGAAGCCAUGGAACUUCCUAGCCAUCACCCGUUCGUCUUCGUCAACUACAUUUCGCAGCAGACGCAAGUCGGAAAGAGUUUCUCGAACGAGAACGAAGCGAGAUAUGCUCUCCAGUUGGUCACCGCUCUGAAACGACACGCACGUGAGCAGAACACCACCGUUUCCGUCGCAGUUUUGAAUUUCUAUGGUGCACAAUAUUCGUAUGUGUAUUCGAUCGCAGAGGAUGGAGUUCGCGUGAACACUAUCGACGGUUGUCAGGGACAAGAGUACGAUGUCUCCAUCGUGCUUUUAACAAGAUCGGAUCCUUAUGAGAAAUCCAAAUUCCUCGUGAAUCCGAAUAGAAUCAACGUGGCGCUGAGCCGAUCUAAAAUGGCUACAGUAGUCAUCGGACAACGGCACCUCAUCGGCAAUCAUCCAAACGUUCAACAAGCCAAACGUGGACGUUAUCAACGCUCUUGCAACUGGUCUCGACUUCUCGACAAACUUCCAGCUGAAUGCUUCGUAGAAGCAAGAGAUGAAGUCAUCGCACAUAUGGAAUGA